AUGAACCUACCAAACGAGAUUAUCGAAAUGAUAUUCAGACACUCUUCUGUUGAGACGUGUGUUGUUCUCAGCCAAACAUGUCGUUCGUUUCGAGACAUGUAUCAGUUCUCCGAGAGCUUACUCAAGCAGAAGCUGCUAGCCAGAUGCCCCUGGCUGCGUAUAAAGGAAGACGGAGUUGAAAUAGAGACUUGGGGUGAACUUGCAUAUGUCUUUUGUGCUCGGGUUCGCACCACUCACCCUCCGCUAGGACCUUGGUCUAUCGAGGGCCUCUUUUACCAUGAAAAGGGACCGUGGGAGCACGUGUUUGGAAACAUGGCCCAGGGUAGGGUCCUUCAACCUCCUCGAUUUAUGAUCCCUAAGUCUCCGGAAGACGACAUUGUCGAGAUUGAUACUACCUACCAGUUUCCUUAUGCUCCUGACUUUGAAGCGAUUCAUCAUAGGCCAGUUGCUGAAGGUGAAUAUCUAGAGGGAAACAAGAUGAUAAUCACCAACUCCAACACCGGAGUAUUUGGCGGCCAGGUUUCUGUCAAUCUAUCAACUCUGGAAAUCAAGCCAGUUGCUGAACCCAUUUUUGUCAACAAGGUCGUUCGGGACGAUCCCACAGGGCAGACCUAUUACGACUAUCUGGGAACACUGGUGCCUGUACCCGAAGGAACUAUUCAUGUUACUGAACAUGUGAACAAUAAAGAAGUUUUGUUUGUCACAGGACAUGUGUUCAUCAUGGUGCCCCUCAAAAACGGCCAACUGCAGGUCGACAAGAGAUUCUCCUUCUCCAUGAUAGGGGCGUAUAUGAUCACCCAGUUUCACGACUCAACAUUCAUCACACAGGCAACUACAAGCAGUCAGAGGAUCUACUACAUCAACCACCAGACUCGGGGGCUGACUACUGUUCUUGCAACCACCAAUGGGCUGUUUGGAGGAGACCACUGGGAGAAGUUUGCUCUUCACAAUGGCCUACUUUGGCACUUUCAGCACAAUACUUUGGUUCCUUACCAGGUUGACCUUGAGCACAUGGACGACUAUGGAUUCGCUAGUAUCCGAAUGAGGGCAGAUUGGCGUAUUUCCUGUCAUACACACGGCUUUCCUACGGGCCCUAAAUUGUUACAACGGCAAGACAAACUACAGAGGUUAGUCAGUUUGGUUUCUUUCCCCGAUAUGGUGUUUGACUUGUCUACUCGAACGUGCUACAAGCAGAAGAAAAUGGCUACCGAUCUCAGCUAUCCACACGAUCGAUACUUUGCUGGUAUUUCAGAUGGCGUCAUCAGGUUCUGGAGAUGGAGACGGACCACCGGAGCCUUUGAUCUCCCUGAAAACCAGCAUGUUAUUCAUUGGUAG